AUGGCGAACAGGGCUGCAGUUCUGCUCUGGGCUCUUGUCCUCCUCUCAGCGUCUUCAGCCGCCCAGACGCAGAAAGGCUUCUGGGACUACUUCAGGCAGAGCAGCGGGAACAAAGGCAGGGUAGAGCAGAUCCAGCAGCAGAAGCUGGUGCGGGAACCCACGCGCCUGAAAGACAGCCUUGAACAAGACCUCAACAAUAUGGGCAAGUUUCUGGAAAAGCUGGGCCCUCUGAAUGGGCAGGGGCGGGACCCUCCUCAGCUCCCACAGGAUCCAGUGGGCAUGCGACAGCAACUGCAGGAGGAGCUGGAGGAGGUGAGGGCACGUCUGGCCCCCUACAUGGCCGAGGUGCAUGAGCGCGUGGGCUGGAAUCUGGAGGGGCUGCGGCAGCAGCUGAAGCCGUACACGGUGCAGCUGAUGGAGCAGGUGGCGCUCCGCGCCCGGGAGCUGCAGGAGCAGUUGCGCGUGGUCGGGGAGGACACCAAGGCCCAGCUGCUUGGGGGCGUGGAUGAGGCUCGCAGAAUGCUGCAGGAACUGCAGAGCCGCGUGGCACACCACACCGGCCGUGUUAAGGCGCUCUUCCACCCGUACGCCGAGCGCCUGGUGACGGGCAUCGGGCACCACGUGCAGCAGCUGCACCGCAGCGUGGCGCCCCACGCCCCCGCCAGCCCCGCGCGCCUCAGCCGCUGCGUGCAGGUGCUCUCGCACAAGCUCACGCUCAAGGCCAAGACGCUGCACUCGCGCAUCCAACAAAACCUGGACAAGCUGCGCGAUGAGCUCAGUGCCUUUGCCAGCGCCGGCGCGGAUGGAGCCGAGGAGGGGGCCGGCCCCGAUCCCCAGGUGCUCUCUGAGGAGGUACGUCAGCGGCUCCAGGCUUUCCGCCAGGACACCUUCCUGCAGAUCGCCGCCUUCACCCGCGCCAUCGACCGGGAGACAGAGGAGGUCCAGCAGCAGCUGGCGCCGCCCCCGCCUGGCCACAGUGCCUUUGCUCCUGAAUUACUCCAAGCGGACCCCGGCAAGGCCCUGAGCAAGCUUCAGGCCCGUCUCGACGGCCUGUGGGAAGACAUCAACCACAGCCUCCACGACCAGGGCCAUGGCCGUCUGGGGGAGUCCUGA